GCCGAAACAAUCAAUCGAAAGAACGCCAUGAACGACGAAAUCUUUAGCCUCUUUGGCGCGCCGCCGGCACCCGUCCGUCCUGUCGAGGUUGCGCGCCAUGAGAAAGCCGUCCAGGCACUUACUAUCACACCACCACCACCACCGCCGGAACCAGUGGGCCCUGGGAAGUCCUCGAUCACGUUCUUUCUGUCGUGUUCGGACCUCCACCUGCCGGCCGUGCACACGACGGCGCAAACCAUGCUUCGUGGCGCCAUGUCCGUGCUCGGAGGUGCUUCGACACCCAAAAGCAGCAAACCCCCUGAAUGUAUGAUUCAAGUCGAUGUAAAGAACCCACAUCGCGGGCCUCUCGUCGUUGUGGAGUCAUUAACGACUGAGAAACUUCGGAGUCGCAACCCUGCGUUCACCGUUGGGAUCCAUUUUUCCACCGUCAUGUCGUCAAUUCCUCUCGAUUCUAUCGUGUGCUUCCAAGUGAUCAUGACCGAAGAGAGCGGGUCGCAAGGGAAGAAGCCUGUCGCCUCGGCCGAACUCGCUUGGUCCCAUCUCAAGCAAAACUACGAUCAUGGCGCGUCCGUCGUGUAUCUUCCAUUGCAAUCUCCAUACACGGACGCCGGCGUGCUUACCCUGCGCUUUGCUCGGACAGCGCCCGUACGUCAUCCGCUGCUUGCGACACAGAACGAAGUCGUGUUGGGGUACGCGUUUCCGAACGCAAACCCGAGUAUGCUGCCAACCCUCGUCACGGAAGAGAUGGCUGAGGUCGAGCCGAGCGUGCAACUUCCGCUCGUGUUCCUUCGACAGUGCCGUCGGGAACUCGAAGGCGCCUAUCAUCUGUGGCGGGUUCGCUAUAACAACGCGAAGAAGCGGUUGAAGCACUUCGCCGACGCCGAUGAAGCGAUGCAGAGUGGCUGCGACGUCUUUCGCGUGACGGUGCUGCAGGCUCGCAAUCUACAGCCAAUAAAGUCGAUGCGGAAGGUGCCGAGCAAGCCGUUGCUGAGUCCCAAGGCGUUCAAGAAGCCCGCUUCAGCAAGUGUCGAAGGCGGCGGCGGCCGAAUCCCGUCGGACGGCUUCAACAGCGUCGGUGUCCACCCAUUUGCAGUCGUGCUGUUCAACGAGACGCCCGCUCCACACGCCAACAUCAAUAGCACGCCGUGGCAAGUGGUCGGGAAGACGAAUACGGAAUACGAGUCCACGGCACCGACAUGGGGAGUGAACGCGCAGGCGGCGCUGUGUCCGCAUGGAGCACCGUCCACAGUCUACUUUGUGUCAACUCAUUUGCACACCAAAGUCGAGCGCCAGACGCAGUUUGUGUGGUACCGCCCGUCGCGCCGCCAAGAAAUCUCGGGCGCAGUCCAAAUCGACGUAUGCAGCGAGAACGAAAUCGACAGCCACCAACCCCCCAUUGCGUUGGGGUCAGUCACGCUGACGCUGGAGGAGAUGCGACCGCUCUUCGCUCCCGACACGAACGCGGUCGUACCGAACGCCGUGUCGUUCCGCAGCGCUAACUGGUUCCCACUCAAGACCAAGCACGGCGACGUGGUUGGCGAAGUCCAAUGCGAAAUCGAGGUCCGGUUGACGUCCGCUACGUUCUCGUUUGAAUCCGAGCGCGAAACCCACUUUCAAAAGAAAGGCAAAGCCGACGAGACUCCACUCUUCCGCCUCGCCACCCAAGCGAUGGACCGUGCCCUCCGGGACACGAUGCACGCACCGAGCGACGACGACACGUACUCGAUUCAGUUCCUUCAUGCUCACGUCAAGGAGCUCGGGAGUCACGUGAAGGAACUGGACGCGAUGAUCCGCAAGGCCGAGGCGCGAACCGUGUCAAAAUCUUGGUUCAAAGGCAGCACGGACAAGAAAAAGCGCGAUAUUCAAGCAUUUGCGACCAACCUGCAUGUGUCGUACCUGCGCAAGUUUAACUGGCCCGCCAGCAAUUCGCCGCGACCAAGUCUCAAGCAACCCAACAAGCAGUCGAGCCAGUUUGACCUGCUCGGGUUGAACGGCAACCCCCAUGUACCUGAGCCUGACGUGGAGGCGCCGUUUCCGACAAACGACAACCCUGCUAUCGCCACGUACGCAACAGUGACGUGUGGGGCCCCCACUGCCCAUGCAAUCCCCGGCGAAGGGCUCAUGGAACUCGAAGACAAGUUGGUCAAAACCCACAAAGACAUUUCUCUCAUGGCAAACGGCAUGAAGAACUUGCACCAUGGCCGAGUCAUGGUGGAGGGAGGCAAUGUGCUAGUCGAACGCCCCUUGCUCGUGCCGGUGACCGAGAACGAUGCUGCCUUCGCGACAGACGUCGACGAGGUGGACGAUGGGGCGAUUGCGAGCGAGCCCAUGUCUGAAAAUCGCCGCAAGUCGACGACAGCGGCGGCCCGAAAGGACAAGAAAGGAAUCUUCAACAAGCUAGGUCGCCAAUCGAUUGUCGGCCAAAUCGUGUCGUUGGGUCACUUGCGCGAGCGGUUCGAAUCGAUCAAGUACCAAUAUUACUUUCGCAAGAGCGUGUGUGUGUCGCAGAGCGUGACGGCGCUUGUCACGACGUUCUUGACCAUGCUCGAGCUGCACUUGGACGACCCGUCGACGCUGGAGCAGUGGUCCCAGAUUGGAUUCGUGAUUGGAUGGGAAAGCCUGAUUUCAUCGCAAGGCAAGGAGUGGCGCAUGUUGAGCGAUGCGUGGGUUGCGAUAAAGUGCCUCGAGCGCUUUUCGUUUCAGCUGGACCACACGAUUUCAAACCUUGUGCUCGAGGAGCGCAGCGUGGACCAUGAAGGGUACAUCAUCCGCAUCCCGACCAAGGAAGACAUGCGUCUAGGGCCGAUCGCAGUCACCCCCGUCGUGUUUACUCAAGGUAUCAACGAAAUGCAAAGUCUGGCCAACAUGGUCGGGUCGUCCGGCGUCGAGUUACAAAGCACGAUCAACAACGCGAGCUUCAAGAGUUUGCAAACGUAUCAUGCCAAGUAUUUAAAGACAACCAACGCGGCGGUCGAGCUCGAUUCGACCGCGGCGCAUUUGCUCUUGGAUCCACUCAUGGCGGUCGUGCAGUCCGAGAACGCUGCGGCCAAGAACACGCGAAUCUUACUCGAGGCAGCGGAUGUGGUGCGUCGACUCCGCGGAGGCCGCGUUACGUACUGCAAGUCGGGCAAGGAUCGCACCGCGAUGAGCGUCACACUGGAGCAGGCGCGGCUUCUCUUCAAGCGUGUGAGCGGCGUCAACCCGCUGCAUCUUAUGGGGGCCACGGAGCAGCUCAGCAUUGGACCCGAAGAACUGCAGGCGGCCAACUUAAUGCGGGAGUUUGGCAUCCGCAUUAAGAUUGCCAAAAAGAACGUCGGUCGGUACAAGUACUCGUUCAAUGCGAUUCAGCGCAAGAUGCUUCCAGACAUCUACCGGCCCCCCGUGAGCACGAUCCAAGACAUCGUGACGUCGGUCACGGCGCGCGAUUCGUAGAGUGAAGGAAUACAAGAUGCUUUGACACAAAAUUAAGGUGGUCGUGCUGCGGAAUCGUGUGGUCGGGAAGCAGUCGCACCUUCGUUGU